UAAAGGAGGCUAAUAUCAUAAAUGUUGAAACACAAGCAAAAAUUAGUCACUUUCUGUUUGCCACUGAUUUGACUAAUUCGACAUUUGAUUCUUUAACAAGAUAAGGUUAUCGGGUUAGGGUCAUAUUACAAUAACAGGAGGAGGGCAUCACAGGCUAUUGAUCAAAGCAGUAUACAGUGUUAAAUAGCAUCGUGGAUGGCGCAUUCAACAGCGUUAGAUAGUCGUGAACGUACACAGUGAUUCCUUGCAAAAUAUUAAUAAAAUUCAAACGUUCGUUUUAGUUUUAAGUGAAGUUAAUAAAGGAGUCGAGAGAAAGAAAUGUCAUUUAAAGUGACAAUUCAAGCUAUUUUCUACGUUCAUGUAAUCGUCAUAUCUGCAACAGGAAGAGAUGAGAUCAAAGAAGCAGCAAGUAUCAUAUUCAAUACGCUGAAACACCUGCAAAAUGAUGACACAGGAUCACUCACAACCUUUAAUGAGCAAUUGGAACCUAGUCCUAAUAUAGAUAUGAAUUAUGAUACUUUGAGGACAAUACAUGGUAUGGAAAAUUCUUUUUUAACAAAUAGUGAGGAUAUGAAGCCGAAGAGGAGCUGGGAGGAUGUAAGCCUGAUAUGGAGAAAGUCCCCAAAACGUGCAUGGGAGGUUGUUAAUAGGCUCUGGCAGAAUCCAGAAAUAAGAAGCAAAUAUAAAUCAUAUAUUGAAAACGGUAAGCGAAGCGAGGAACUAGUAGAAAAUACCCCAGUGCAACAGAACAAGGAAACCCCUUUAUGGUGGUCCGAAGAAUUAGGUAACGAUCCUGUGGUACCGAUAUUUGAGAGUAAUUUUGCAGAACGUGAGGAACAGUUACCGGAGUCUACCAAACGAGGCUGGGAAACUGUGCAUCCAGGAUCCUGGAAGAAUAAGAAGACCUCAAGUAAACGGACUAGUGUUGCAGCAAUGAAUAAAAGAGGUUGGGAAGAGCUUAACUGGAAGAGAAUUGCAAGUGGUGUUAUCUUUAAAAGAAUACCUAAUCAAGGACACGAAAUCUUUAACUUUUAUUCCAAUUUCCCUAAAUAUUUCGACCAGGAAUUUAAUGAUAAGCAAUCAUUACGCACUCGACAAGAGAUUUAUGAUAAUCUAUCGCCUUACUUUCUGACAAGUAAAGAUAUACUGACUGGAAUCAUGAACAUUAAGGACGGACAUGUUAGUUAUCCACUGCACGGGGAAAACAGUAACACUGAUAUUAAUCGUGAUUAUCUUGAGACAGGCCAAAGCGGCGAAGUGUUUGAGCCUUCAACAUUUGAAAAAUUAUGCCGAUUGAUGUUUAAGGAUCAUGCAAAAUGCAGAAAUGAUGCUAAAGAUGAUCAAGGACCAGAUUGAUAUUAUUUUUUUCUAUAAAUCUAGUUAUUGAACACACUAUAAGGAGAUGUAAUGUUAAAACAUGCAUAGAUACGAACAUGUUAAAACACAAUGUUUCCUUCACAUACAUGUAAUCUUGCAUCAGUUGUAAAAGAAAUUCUGGCACUCGCUAAAAUAUGUUUAUGAUAACAUUGGCUCAAAACAAUCUUUACCUCUAUAGAGUAUCCUCGUUAUGUUACCAUUUGCUUAUAACCUCGUCAUCCCUUUAUCAUACGUGUAUCAGCUUUGACAGCGGCCUCGAUGGUCUUUUCAAAUCCUACUGCACUAUUCAGUGAAACUUUACAUACUGAGAAAAGAUGGGUAGUCGUCUUAGAGAAACAUUGUGAAAGAAAUUGACGAUAUUCCACUAUCAUAAGAACUAAUUAGUUAACGAUUAUAUGUGCUUAAAAUUUAGUUCAAUGUCUAUAUAAAAGUCAAUCAAUUUCAAAGAAAUAUUUGUGUUAAAUGUUCGUAAAGCAUUACAUUAGGUUUAAUUAUACAAACAAGUAUGAUGCAUGGAAAUGCAUUUUAUUUGGAAUUUUAUUCAGAUGAUUUUAACAUUUAACAUUUUAACAAGAUUGUAUAAGAUUAAGCCUCGUUACUAAAUAAAAACGGAAAGGUCGUAUUUCAUAGCAUUAUUUUAAGCAAAAACUAUACAGGUUCACUAAAUUUCAAGCCCUUAAAUUUGGAUAUUUUAUUGAAGUCAAGGGCCGAUAAGUUAAACAUGGGUAUGACAAAUUUUCUUUAUGGAAUGCUUGGUCUCAACACGAUGGGAUUCUUUAAACAUUAGUGUUCUAUAUGUCUUCAGUUUAAUUUUUGUCCAAUAUGUUUAAAGAAAAUGUCAAAGGUUUAGGCAAAGAGAGUUUUAACAAACUACCAUUAACCAAUUCUGAAGAUGUCGAUAAUACCUUUGUAGGAUGUCAGCUACUUAAAGAGCAGAAGAAGAAUAAAGCCUUUCUAACCUUUUGUGUGAAAUAUUUGCUAAUGAUUAGCAAAAUAUGAAAAAAAGGGCAGAUAUCUAAACAACAGGCUCGAUGAAAUCUCAAUCAAGCCGAGUCUGCAAUUAUCAUGAAUUUUUUCAGUUUUUAAUGCUUUCGAGGGAUCACUUGUUUCAGAUUUUUUUAUACAUCACAACAGCAGGUGUCAAGUGUUGCGCGACAGCCGUAAAAAGUUACCCCGUACUUCACUUCAGUGAUGUUAUAUUUUUCUGGUUCUUUGGAAUCGUUGAGCCCAGCACUUUUAAGUGUUGAGAAUUGAGUACCGUUCAAGCCGGUGCUAGAGGGCGUGAGGGAUGUUGCACUUUUUCAUUAGCCCUCAUGUACAGACUCAAUCAAACCGAGUCUCUAAUGUUCAUGUAAUUUUGUUGUUUUAAUGCUUCCAAGUGAUCCUUUUUUUCAAGAUAUAUUUACAUUCUAAUAAAUUCCGUUAUACAGUUUUUAGUUUGCUUAUAUGCCUACAUGUAGUUAUAUCAUACGUUUUAAGACAUGUAACCACACAAAACGCUUUAGACAUUGAUAUGUGCAGUAUUUUUUAUUAUUGAUCAAUACCGACAUUGUUACACUUAGUUAAACCAUCUUAUAUUAGGAA